GGCUGUGGAUCUGUGGGUCUGGGCUGGAUCUGUGGGGCCGCACCCCGGGCUGCAGCCCCUCGGGGCCGUCUCGGUUUGCAGCUGGAGAGCGCGCUGGGCGAAGCCAAGAAGCAGCUGCAGGACGAGAUGCUGCGCCGCGUGGACGCCGAGAACCGGCUGCAGACGCUGAAGGAGGAGCUGGAGUUCCAGAAGAACAUCUACAGCGAGGAGCUGCGGGAGACCAAGCGGCGGCACGAGACGCGCCUGGUGGAGAUCGACAACGGGCGGCAGCAGGAGUUCGAGAGCAAGCUGGCCGAGGCGCUGCAGGACCUGCGGCGCCAGCACGAGAACCAGAUCCGGCAGUACCGAGACGAGCUCGAGAAGACCUACGGGGCCAAGGUGACGCCAGGCCGCCGGCCCCACGGCGUCGGGG